AUGGAAUUUCGACACAGCAUAAUUGGUUUCAGAUCACCGAUGGUACAACGCUACGAUGGUUAUUAUGAUCAUUACUCGAGUGAUACAAGCAGCCAAGAUGCUCGUUCCGGAUCUAUAACACCGAUUGUAGAUAAAGAAGCAAGGUUUCGUAUGGAAACAAUGGAAAGGCAGUUAGCUGGUCUAUCUUCACUUGUACAUUCAGCACUUGUCAGUAAAGGAAUGAGUGAAAGCAGCCAACGAGACAUGCAAGAACUUCGGCGACAAAUAUUCGCCCUUCAUCCAGAUGUGAGUUCAAGCAGUGUGUUAAGCACUACGGAUCCAUCAUUACCCGAUUCCUCAUCAGUGAACGGCGAAACGCAACGACAACUUAUAAAUUUAAAACGGCAAGCAAAUGAAAUUCACAAUCAAUUAAAACAAAUACGAAGAAAUUUUGAAAUGAGCUCACAAGAUGCUCAAAAUGUACUUCAUAAUGCAUUUGAAAAAAUCCAAAAGCAUCUGAUAAACCAUAUGAAAAUAUUGGAAACAUCAAAAUACGAAAAUUUUUUAAAAAAUGAGCGAACGGAUCAUAUAACAAACAUUAAUGCACUUCAGAAAUCAAUUCAAUUAUUCGAAGAGGACGUAGAAGACAUUAGAAAAUUGGUUCUGAAUACAAAUAGAAAGCUUAAAAUAACCGAAGUUGAAGCAUUCACUCAGUCUUUAACUAAAAUUGGACGGAAUGCGGCUCGAUUAAAAACACAAUUUCCUGAACUUCAACGACAAAUUGAAGCAAAUAUUAAAAGAAAUAUGGAAAAAGUUGUUGAAGAGGAACGGUUUUUAAAAGAAGAACCAAAGCAAAUCGACCACUGUUUACACCGCUGUAAAGCAUUAGCUAAUAUGAUGGUUACAAUGAAGAAGUUGGCAAUGUUACAAGAUCCAGACAUUAAUAACACUUAUAAAUAUGAGCUGAAUAAAACUGGAUCAUCAACGAAAACAGAGAAUGGCAGUCCUACCGGAUAUCCAGUCAUAGAUCCACUGACGAAUCGAAUCAAUGAAAGAGAUGAAAUUAGCGUUGUAUCCUCAGGGAGAACAGAAAACUUACCGGUCGAAUUUCAGAGAGAAAUAGAAGGACCCGAUCAACCGCCACCUGUACCACCUUCGCCAACAAAUUACAACGUUCCAUCGACAAGCGAAAAAGGCGAACCUCAUGUAUUGGAUACAAUACUAGAUGAAUUAACCAAUACUAUGACGCGAGACCAAAAAGCAAAAUCACCAAAUGCGAUGACAAAAGCUGCUCCACCAAAACCUCCUGAAAGAUUUUCAACACCUGAUGCUCGCAAUCGUUUCACUCGUUCACAGAUAGAAGAAAUGCAACGCCGUGUGAUGCAUUCCGUCUCACCAAUUCAAGGACUUGCUGUUCAAGCGACAUAUUUUGCAAAUGGACGAACGCCAAAAGAAGCACUGGUUCAUUCUCAAUCAGCUCCAUCAACUUACUCACGACAAACAAAUGAGAACAAUAACACGAGACACUAA